AUGGGCAGGACGUGGUUGUUCCCCGCCUGGUUGGUUCUCUUCUGCGGUCUUUCCACCGGCACUUUCCGCGGCAAGGAGUUCCUCGCCGUCUUCCUGCAGAACGACGAGGGGGCCACCUCCGCCGACAUCCGGCUCCUCUUGGCCUCCUACUUCAACUCCACCGAGGUGACGGUGACCAUGACUGGUGGCACCUUCGCCCAAACCCUCACCCUGGGGGCGGACGAGACCUCCACCCUCCGUGUCCCCAGCAACGCCGAGCUGGUGGGCAACCACCUUUCCGAUAAAGCCCUCUUGAUUCGGGCCACCAAGGAGAUCUCCGUGCUGGCCGUCAACUCCAAGAGUUACACCAUGGGGGUCACCACCGUCCUGCCCGUCGACAAGUUGGGCACCGAGUAUUACGUGGUGACGCCGGAGGACAAGAAGAAAGAAGGCCUCAAGGAGUUCGUGGUGGCGGCCUGGAAGACGGCGGCCAUCAAAGUGAUGGGCAAAUUUUAUUACAGAGGGCGGAAUUACUCCCCGGGCCACACCCUCCACAUCUCCUUGGAGCCCUACCACAGCUUCCAACUGCAAAGCACCGCCGAUUUAUCCGGCAGCCACAUCAAGGCCGACAACGCCGUCGCCGUCCUCUCCGGCCACACCUGCGUCAAGAUCCACACGGGCUGCGACUACGUCGUUGAGCAGCUUCUCCCCGUCGCCGCUUGGGGCACCUCCUACGUCGUUCCCCCCAACCCUUUCCAGAGGGAAAGCGACUUCGCCUACGUCGUGGCGGCCGAGAAAGCCCAUAUCACCUACCAGAGGGGGACUUCGGUUGCCACCAAGAACGUCAAGGCCGGGGAGGUCCACAAGUUCGAGAUCCGCCAAAAUUCCCCUCUUUACGUCAGUUCUCCGGUUGCGAUUCAGGUGGUUUUCUUCUUCACCGGCGCCAGCGGCUCGCUGAAGCGCGACCCCUUCCUCCUCAACAUCCCGCCCGUCUCCUCCUACUGCACCUCCUACCGCGUGGUCGGCCUGAACCGUUACAUGAACCACAUGGUCCUCGUUGCCCAUACCGCCGACGCCAGCACCACCACCCUCAACCAGAAGGCGGAGAAGACCAUGUCUUGGCAAGCCAUUCCCGGCACAGAUUUCUCCUGGGCCACUGUCACCCUGAACCACCCGAAGGAGAUCCAGAGCGCCGAACACCCACAGGCACCUUUUGGCCUCCUGAUCUUCGGCUUCCACAAUUACGUGGGUUACGGUUUCGCCGGUCUUUGCGCCACGAAUUCUGCUCCGCUCUCCUGCGAAAACGUGCGUUGCGAGGAGAAGUGCGAGAUGGUGGACGGGCAACCCACGUGCAUCCAAGAAGCCCUCUCCACCUGCUGGGCCACCGGCAAUCUCCACUACCGAACCUUUGAUGGGAAAGCCUUCGAUUUCAUGGGCACCUGCACCUAUACUUUGACCAAGACCUGCGAUCCGGAUCCCGCCCUGCCCGUCUUCAGCGUGGAGGCCAAAAACGAACAUAGGGGCAGCCCCCAAAUCUCCUCCGUUGGCGCCGUGACAGUCCGCGUCUAUGACGUUACCGUGGUCGUGGUCAGGGCCGAGAACGGGAUCGUGAGGGUCAACAACCACCGCUCCCGCCUCCCCAUCUCCCUCGCCCAAGGCAAACUCCACCUGCAGCAGAAGGGCAAGUCCGUCCUCAUCCAAACCGACUUCCGGCUGAAGGUCCUCUACGACUGGCAUGACCGCCUGGCGGUGAAGCUACCCGCUACCCUCGCCGGCAAAGUGUGCGGCAUGUGCGGCAACCGCAACGGCCAACCCGGGGAUGACUCCCUCACGCCCGACGGCGACCAAGCGUGGGACGCGGUGGAGCUGGGCCAGAGCUGGAAGGUGGUCAACGAGAGCCGCUGGUGCUGGGACGGCUGUCGCGGGGACUGCGGCGGCUGCCGCCGAGGGGACGAAGGGAUGAAGGACAAAGGGGAGACAUUGUGCGGGUUGCUGACCCAACACCCGGGGCCCUUCGAGAGCUGCCACGCCACCGUUGACCCCGAGGUCUACCUGAAAAACUGCGUCUCCGACCUCUGCGUGAACGACGGGCUCCCCGCCGCGCUGUGCCAAGCCCUCAAAGCCUACGCGGAUGACUGCCAGGAGGAAGGAAUCACCGUUUCUGAUUGGAGGACGGCGGCAAAUUGUCUCCAGAAAGUCCACACAGGCUCCAGAAGCAAGUCCAUGAAGAAGGUCCACGGAGACUCCCCGAAGUCCGUGCAGGAGGUGCAGGGAGUCCACGGAGACUCCCCAAAAUCAAUGCAGAAGGUCCAGAAAGUCAUGAAGACUCCCCAAAGUCACACUCUCUCCUGCCCGAAGAACAGCAACUACACCGCCUGCGGCACCUCCUGCCCCACCACCUGCAACAACGCCGCCACGCCGGCGGACUGCGACACCUCGGCUUGCGUGGAGACCUGCAAGUGCCAGGAGGGCUUCGUGUUGGAGGCCAACCGGUGCGUCCCCCAAGCCGAGUGCGGCUGCCUCUUCGAGGGCCGCCUCCACGGCCUCCGCGAGGAGUUUUGGGGGGACGACACCUGCACCAAACGCUGCGUCUGCGAGGCGGAAUCCCGCCGGGCCGUAUGCCGCCGGGCCAACUGCCGCGUCGGGGAAGAGUGCCGGGUGGAGGAGGGCAUCCAGGAUUGUUACCCCAAGAGUUACGGGACCUGCUCGGCCGUCGGUGCCACCCACUACGAGAGCUUUGACGGCGGGAGGUUCGUCUUCCAGGGGACGUGCAUCUACCAGUUGACGGGCUUGUGCGAGAAGAGCCGAGGGCUGGUGGACUUCCAGGUGCUGGUGCAGAACGGCCACCAGGAUGACAAACCACCGUCCUCCAUCGCUCUCGUGAUGGUCAAAGCCUACGGCAAAAACAUCGUGAUCAGCCAGAAACACCCCGGCAAAAUCACGAUCAACGACCAGUUGGUCAACCUACCCUACCGCCGCAGAGACGGGAAGAUCUCCGUCUACAGAGGUGGGCGGGAAGCGGUGGUGGAGAUGGACUUCGGCCUCACCGUCACCUACGACUGGCAAAGCCGCGUCACCGUCUCGGUGCCCAGCACUUACGCCGACGCCCUGUGCGGCCUCUGCGGGAACUACAACGGGAACACGGACGAUGAGAUGAUGAUGAAGGACGGCCAAGUGACGUCAAACCCGGACGCCUUCGGGCAGAGCUGGAAGGUGACCGAUAUCCCCGGUUGCGUGGAGCAGUCGAAGGUGGAAUGUCCCGCCAUGGCAGCGGCUCUGCGCCACCAGGAGGUCUCGAUGAUGGGUUGUGGCAUCAUCCGGCAAGUGGAUGGUCCCUUUGGAGCUUGCCACGCUCACGUGGACGCCGCCAAAUAUUUCCAAAACUGCGUGAGGGAUUUCUGCCUCUUCCCAGACCGGGAAGAUGUGAUAUGCUCCAUCGUCGCCGGCUACGCCGCUGCCUGCCAGGCCGCCGGCGUGACCAUCGGCCGAUGGAGGACGGACGACUUCUGCAGUAUUUCGUGUCCCGACAACAGCCACUACGAGAUCUGCUCCCAGACCUGCUCCCACACCUGCAGCGGCGUCUACGCCCCGGUGAAAUGCUCGCAGCGGUGCCGGGAGGGCUGCGCCUGCGACGGAGGCUUCGUGCUGAGCGGCGACGAGUGCGUCCCCCUGUCCCAGUGCGGCUGUCACCAUCAGGACUUCUACUACAAGACGGAGGAGACCUUCUUCCCCAGCAAGCAGGAGAAAUGUCAGUGCCGGGCCGGCGGCGCCGUGGAGUGCCAAGAAAUUUCUUGCCCCAAAGGCAGCGAAGGCGAAGUCAUCGAUAGCGUCUUCCGUUGCUCGUCCACCACGCUGGGGACCUGCGUGGUCACCGGUGACCGCAGCUAUAUCUCCUUCGACGGGACGGCUUUCAACAUCUCGGGCACCUGCUCUUACGUCCUGACCGAGACCUGCUCCGGUGAGAACGUCCAACCCCUUCUUGUGAAAAUCGAGAAGGAGGCCCGGCAGAAGAAGAAGGUCUCCGGCAUCCAAGCGUUGACCGUUGAAGUCUAUGGGCUCACGUUGACCUUGAGGCGAGGAAAGAGAGAAGUCACGGUGGACUCCAUAUCCCACCACCUCCCGGCCAUCCUGAGCGAGGGACGGGUCCGGGUGCACCGACACGGGAUGGGCGUGCUGCUUCAGACCGACUUUGGCCUCGUCCUACGUUAUGACCUCCUCCACCACGUGAUGCUCACGGUCCCUCAGAACUACCAGGGCCACCUUUGCGGGCUCUGCGGCAACUACAACGGGCAACGCCACGACGAUUUCCUCCUCCCCACUGACCAACAGGCGCCCAACGCGAUGCUCUUCGGCUCUGCCUGGAAAACUCCUGACGUGUCUUGCAGUGAUGACUGCCCCAAGGACGACUGCCCCGUCUGCACGCAGGAGAAGGUGGUAGUCCUCCAGAAUCCCAACUAUUGCGGCAUCCUCAUCCUCCCAGAAGGCCCCUUCGGCUCUUGCCACCACCUCAUCGACCCAACCUUCUAUUUCCAAGCUUGCCUCCACGACCUUUGCCUCGCUGAAGGGGACACCCACGUCCUCUGCCAGAGCGUCCAGAGCUACGCCGCUGCUUGCCAAGAAGCCGGCGUCAUCAUUGAGGCUUGGAGAAGACCUUCCUUCUGCCCCCUCAGCUGUCCGGCCAACAGCAGCUACUCCCUCUGCUCCAACCUCUGCCACAAAAGCUGCGCCGGGUUCGGAGACUCUUCCAAAUGCCCCAAAACCUGCGUCGAAGGCUGCGACUGCGAUAAAGGCUACCAAUUUGACGGACACGGCUGCGUUCGCGAGGAGGACUGCGGAUGUUUCGUGGAGGGGAAGUAUUACAAGCCCCACGAAUCGGUCCUGAAGGAGAACUGCCAACGGCGCUGCACGUGUGUCCCCGGCCAGGGCUUGACGUGCAGCAGCCACAGCUGCACCGAUGACGAAACCUGCGAAAUCCGGGACGGGCUCUUGGGUUGCAUCAAUCGAACCCUGGUUGCCACCUGCUGGGCUUGGGGGGACCCCCACUACCACACCUUCGACGGCCUCGAUUUCGACUUCCAAGGCACCUGCACCUACACCAUGGCCCAAUCCUGCGGCAACGACACCAGCUUGGUGCCCUUCGUGGUGGAGGGCAAGAACGACAUCCGGGGUGGGGUGAAAUCCGUCUCCUACGUCGGCUUGGCCAACGUCAAGGUCUACGGCCAACACGUCUCCAUCCACCGGAGGGAAGUGGGCAAAAUCAGGGUGAACGGCGUGCUGACGCUGCUCCCGGUGAGCCUGGAGGACGGCAAGGUGCGGGUCUUCCAGAGCGGGCUCAGCGCCGUGCUGGAGACGGAUUUUGGGCUGCGGGUGACGUACGAUUGGACGUGGCAUCUGCUCAUCGACCUCCCCAGCAGCUACUACAAACACACCUGCGGCCUCUGCCGGGGCUUCCACCACCACACCUCAAGCCCGAAGAUGAUGUCCCCCAGAGCGGCGACGACGGCGAUACCGUGGCCGCCGUGGUGGCCUGGGCGGAAGGAGAAAAAAGAGCUCUACGGGGGCAACCAGUACUGCGGGCUCAUCAAAAAAACCUUCCAGGGACCCUUCAAGGCUUGCCACGAGGUGGUCAAGCCACAGGAUUUCUACCGCAACUGCCUCUACGACGUCUGCAUGAGCGACGGGGCGAAGAAGAUCCUCUGCCAGGUGCUGGAGUCGUACGCGUCCACCUGCAAGAAGCACGGGGCCGUGGUGCACGACUGGAGGACGCCGGGCGUGCGGCGGUGCGUGGCCAAGAGCCGCUCCAUCUGCGUGGCCACCGGCGACCCCCAUUACACCACCUUCGACGGGCGCCGCUACGACUUCAUGGGCACCUGCGUCUACCAGUUGGCCGCCCUCUGCUCUGAUGACCCCACCCUGAUCCCCUUCACCGUCACGGUGGAGAACAACAACCGGGGCAGCCGCGUGGUCUCCUACACCAAGGAGGUCACCUUGGAGGUCUACAACAUGACCCUCAGCCUCAGCCAGGCGCACCCUCAGAAGCUCAAGGUCAACGGGAUCCUGGUGGAUCUGCCCUUCAGCCACGCUGACAAACUCCAGGUCUACCUCAGGGGGGUCCACGGCUUCAUCAAGACCGACUUCGAGGUCAUCGUCACCUUCGACUGGUACAGCUACGCCCGCGUCAUCCUCCCCAACACCUACUCGCGGGCCGUCUGCGGCCUCUGCGGCAACGCCGACGGCGACCCCGGGAACGACUUGGCUUUGCCCAACGGGCAACCGGCUCCCGACGAAAUCCAAUUUGCCGACUCCUGGAAAGUGGCCGACAUCCCCGGUUGGACCACCGGUUGGCUGGAGGUCGGCAAAGGUGUGACGCCCAGUGGGAAGAAGAGGCGGAAGGAGGACGCGGGAGGAACUAGCGACCUCUCAGGUUGGACCUGGGUGCCGGGGAAGGUCGUGGAGGAGAUCAUCCCAAGUGCCGUCACGCAACGCGCUCGUAGGACAACCGGGCGAUCCGGCCCAGUGACCCAUCAAGCGGAUGAGGAAGAGGCCGCGGGUGUUGUUUACUCGGACUUCGGUAAAGCCUUCGACGCCGUUUGCCCACGGCGUUCUCCUGGCGAAACCGGUCGCUCCUGGCUCGGACCGGUGCGCUCUUCUUGGGUUGGUGUUGACCUGCUGGAGGGUAGGAAGGUCCUACGGGUGGGAUCCGGCCAAUGGGUGGAGGCCGACGGGAUGAGCUUCAACAAGGCCAAGCGCCGGUUCCUGCGCUUGGGUCAACACAACCCCACGGACGCUACAGACGUGGGGCGGAGCGGCUGGAAAGCCGCCCGGUGGAGAAGGACCUUGGGGGUGUUGGCCAACAACCGGCUGAACGUCAACCAGUGGUGUGCCCAAGUGGCCGAGAAGGCCAACGGCCGGGAUGAGGAUUAA